AUGGAAUCGCCGUCGCUGGAUGAAAAGCGAGCAUUUUUUGACCAACUGGAUGCGCUCGACAACAUAAGCGACCGGGACGAUGAAGUCGAUGAGACGGAGCAACUGCACCGCGAGCAGUGUCGUGCUUUCUUCAACUCUCGGAAGAAAGCAGCGAAAACAGCGCCGGUGAAAGAGGGUUCUGUUCAGGAUGCGCAGUCUCAUCCACGGCGAACAGCAUCGAUGUCUUCUCCGGCUGCUGCAACAACCCCUGGUCCCGAUGCUGGCGCUGGUGCUCGGGUGAUUGCAGCAACUCCUACCCCUGGCGCCCGGGUCCCCGCAGCCAGGAGAGCGACCCGAACGGAGCAGCUCAUCGCCGGCACUACGUCGUUUGUCGAAGAGACACCAGUGCCAGACACCACUCGCCAGCUACCUGCAAAGCUUCAAAGGAGUAAAACGCUUCCGUUGCCUGCUUUGUCCACAGCGGCCGAGCAGUCGCCCUCGGUAGUCCCGGGGCUGAGGAAGCGCAAGCGGCAAGCUUCUUCCUCCAAGUCCGUGCCUGAGGCCGCCCAGAUCUUCCGCAACCUGUCCUUCUACUACAUCCCAAACAACGACAUUGCCCCUGCGAGGAAGCUGCGUAUCGGCAAGGCGCAGGAGUACGGAGCCCGGUGGGUCCGGAACUUGGCGGACGCCAGUCAUGUCGUUGUUGACAAGAACCUGACAUACAAAGACAUCGAGGGCCUUCUCGGCUGUGAGACGGCAGGCUCUUUUGUCAUUGUCAACGAGGAGUACCCGAUCGACUGCAUCUCAUUCCGAACACUGCUCAACCCGGACCAAAACCGGUACAAGGUUCCCGGAUGCCCCAUCUUGAUGGCAGAGUCCGCCCAAGGCCAUGUCCCGCCAAUUCCAUCACAAAGCUCUGAUCGCUCGUUACAACUAAAGCCGGCCCCGGCAUCUAGGCGGCAAGGUCCCGGCAAUACCCCCUCUGGAAGCGACCGGUCAUCUCGUCAGAGCGAAACCAGUCGCGGACCGGAGGCUUCCUGCGACCAUACCACAAAGGUCAUCUCGGACACUCCUCCUACCUCUGACGCCGCCGGAAUUGUGCCAUCUAGUCCCACGGACGCGGUCCAUCCUCAGCCUCGUCGAAGGUCUAGCACCAAGGAUGAGCUGGCAGACUACAUUGAACUUAUACAGCAAUACAGACAUCUUCCUCUGGACGCAGAAGAGGACGAUCUCCAGUCCGUCGUAGAUGCUCAGGAGGCACUGUCGGACUCGGAGGUGGAAGAGCGAUCCGAGGAUGAACGUGUCCGGAAGAAGUUCUCAGCAAGAGCCCGCCGGAGUGCGCAAAAGGAGAUUCCGUUCGAAGAACGCUUUGCCUGCAACAGGGGCGGCACGAAAGACAAGUCUGCCGACGCCCAAAACCCGAAUGCCAGGACCAUCGAAGUCCUGCAGAGCAUGUGUGACUACUACACCCGUAUCAACGACAACUGGCGCACGCUGGCCUAUCGAAAGGCCAUUGCUACCCUCCGCCGACAGUCGACCAAGAUUAUGACCGAGGAGGAGGCCUACCGGCUGCCCAACAUCGGGCGCCGGCUCGCUGCCAAGAUUGAGGAAAUCGCCUGCACAAACAAGCUGCGCCGCUUGGAGUACGCCAACGACGAGCCGCUCGACCAGGUGCUCGAGACCUUCCUCAAGAUCUACGACGUCGGCACCAGCCGCGCAAACAAGUGGAUCGCCCAAGGUUUCCGCACGCUCGACGACCUCCUCCAGAGAGCAGACCUGACCCCCAACCAGCGCAUCGGCAUCGAGCGGUACGAGGACCUCAACACACGCAUCCCCCGCGACGAGGUCACGGCUCUGUUUGAAUAUGUCAAGCGCGAAGCGGCACAGCUCGAUCCGCACGUCGAGCUGCUCGUAGGCGGCAGCUACCGCCGCGGGUCCGACAGCUCGGGCGACAUUGACAUCAUCGUCACCAAGAAGGGCACCAGCUCUUCUGCCGACCUGGUCCCCUUUCUCGAAGACCUGAUCGCCGUUCUCACCCGCAAGGGCUUCCUCGUGGCGACCCUCGCCGCGCUGCACGCACACCGCGCAGGCAAGGACGGCCCGGGAAGCAAAUGGCACGGGUGCUGCGUCCUUCCGCGGGAAGGCGGUGCCUCGAGCGAGAGCGGCGGCGAUGCGCCGCGGCAUAUCUGGCGGCGCAUCGAUUUCCUGCUGGUGCCCGAAUCCGAGUACGGCGCGGCGCUGAUCUACUUCACCGGCAACGACAUCUUCAACCGCAGCAUGCGGCUGCUGGCGUCCAAGAAGGGCAUGCGGCUGAAUCAGCGGGGCCUGUAUAAGGAGGUGAUGCGAGGUAAGAAUAGGGUCAAGGUCGCCGAGGGGGAGCUGCUGGAGGGCAGGGAUGAGAAGCGCAUCUUUGAGCUGCUCGGGGUGAAGUGGCGCGAGCCAUGGGAGCGGUGGUGCUAA